CCCCUCCCCCCCUCCUCGGCCGAUGAAGCGCUGCCACGCGUCGACGCCGUUGGAGUUCCCUCGAUAUAUAUUUCGGCUUUUGUGCCAACGACGGCGGCAAAAGGCAAUGUCCCCUCUGUGGAUUUCCCAUUAAAAAUGUAUUCUUUUGUCGUCAACAUGUCGUAUCUGAUUGGGGCACCGAGCGCCGAGCCCGCUGUGGGCGUGACCGCCGACGAGCCGGUGGCGCCGAGCGUGAGGCCGCGGGUGAUGGGCGUGAUCCUGAGCAUCGCCUCCUGCCUCAUCAUCUCCACCAACCUGCUGGUGGCGGCCGCCCUGUUCAAGCUGCUCCGGAAGAAGAGAAGCCAGAGCUGGUGCUUCGUCCUCAACCUGGCGCUGGCCGACGCCAUGGUGGGAGUGGCCAUCACCGGCCUGGCCACCGAGGACUUCGACAGCAACAAUGGCGCUCAGAGCCAGUGGGGCCUCGGCGCCGGCGAUCCGCCCACCGACGCCACGCCGCCCGCUCAGGGCAAGACCCGCUGCUUGCUGCGGAUGGCCUUCGUGAUGUCGCCCUGCACGGCGUCCAUCAUGUCCAUGUUCCUGAUCUCGCUCGACCGCUAUGCCGCCAUCAAGAUGCCGCUGCGGUACUCCCAGCUGUCUGGAAAGGGGUCGGCGGUCGGGUCGCUGCUGGCUCUGUGGGUCAGCUCCCUCACGAUGGGUUUCCUGCCAGCCAUGGUCCGGCAGCUGCAGACGGACAACUACGCCGGCUUCUGCGCCUUCUUCUCCGUCAUCCAGCAGGUGGGCAUGAUCGUGCUGUUCAGCACCUGCUUCUUCCCCGUGCUCUCCGUGUUCCUCUACAUCUACCUGGACAUCCUGAAGAUCGCCUGCGGCCACCAGAAGCAGAUCUGCCAAGUCAGGCAAGCCGGUUCCAGGACGGACAACCACCAACACUGCGAGCAUCACCACCACCAUCUGAGGAGCCAUUACUGGAGCCACGUCAAGGCCCUGAGGACGGUGGGGUUGCUGGUGGGCUGCUUCCUGGUCCUGUGGUGCCCCUUCUUCGUGGUGUGCAUUGUGCACCUGUUGUGCGAGAGCUGCAAACUCACCGGCCUGCUGGAGAACCACCUGUGGCUGUUGGGGCUGUCCAACUCCCUCAUCAACCCCUUGGUGUACGCCUUCUGGCAGAGGGAGGUGCGGCUGCAGCUGGCGGCCAUGUUCUCCUGCCCUCAAGCCGGGCACCCGGCCGCCGGGCCGCCGGGCGCCGCGGGGAGCUCCGACCGGCGGCCGCCCGCGGAGGCUCGAGCCGUCGCUCCCGGCGCAGAGACCCUCAACCCGUCGCUGCUAAUGCCGAUCAUCGGCAGCAACAGGGCGCACGCUUUGCCGUCCUCUGCCGCCAGCAGCGGCUUGUGAAAGAAACCCCCGAGAAUCAGGUCCAACAGAAAGACGGGGAUACCCUCAAUGGAACAUCUAAAUUACAGGUCUGGACUUUCCGUGUGGAAUUUGCAACGGUGCGCUGUGUGUGAUUCACACGGUCAAGGUGUCGUCCGACCUGAUUACAGUGAUUCCUCAAGGCCCAAAUCAGACCACCAACCACACAACCAAGUAAACUCUAGUUUCAGUACGAUCUAUUUCCAGGACUACAGGCGUAAUCAAGCCCGAUACUUCUUGUUGUGAAGAGUGGAGCCAAUGCUUUGUGCCUUAAUACCUUCAUUCUCAGUCCUUGAGGGGCCAAACCCUUUGGUCAUAGAAGUCUACGAGAGAACUACUUCUCUCUUGAUUUAUUUCCUCAGUAAACAUUGUAAACAUGCGUUUAUGGUCUCAAUCUCUAGUUUCAAGUCUAUUUCAAUACAGCUUGAUGUUCAUUGAGUAAAUUAUGGACCAUUUAGAGUCAAACAGGCCAUAAAGGAGGGGAUGCUGCUUUAUGCUCUAUUUGACUCUAAAUGGACCAAAGUAAACAUCGUGCUGUAUUGAAGAAUUGAAACAAGAUUUUGAAAGCAUCAAGUCGUCACAUUUUAAGAAAUGUGUUUCUCGGUCUGAUGACCUGCAGAUGAUUUGCACUGGGCUUGCUGAGAGAGACACCAGCAAAAAAAGUGGGCUGUGAUGCUAAAAAAAAAAAGACUAAAGUCUCAAAUAAAAUGUCCCCUGAAUCAUUA